AUGCCAACUAUAUGGAAUUUGACAUAUCUUAUGCUUGAAAGUGUAAUUCAUUAUAGGCGUGCUUUUGCUUAUUUGGAGAUGACUGAUAAAAACUAUACGUUUUGUCCUAAUGCACUUGAGUGGGAAAAGGUGAAUGAUAUCAGUAGUUUCUUGGGUUGCUUUUACCGUGCUACAUGUGCUUUUUCUGGUACCAAAUAUCUCACAGUCAAUCUAUACUUUCCCGUAGUUGCAUUGAUUUAUGUGAACUUGAAGCAAGAACUUGUGAGUGAAGAUGGGUAUAGGAGAUUAAUGGCAAGUCAAAUGAUCUCUAAAUUUGAGAAAUAUUGGUCAGAAUUCAGUUUAGUGUUGGCCAUUGCAGUUGUCUUAGGUCCUCAUUACAAGCUGCGCCUUGUAAAGUAUUUCUAUACAAAGAAUUAUGGAGCUGAAUCUCAAGAGUGUGAGAAUGUGACGAAAACGUUAACCAAACUUUUUAUGGAGUAUAGUGCUUCUACGACUUCAAGCUCCACAGUUGUUCAGCCCCAAGAAGACUCAGAUUUAGAAAAGGAUUUUCUAGCAUUGGAUGGAGUCAAUGCUGAUGCACAAAAGACUCAAUUAGAACUUUAUUUGGAUGAACCCAAGUAUUUGGAUAAGAAUAUGACAUUUUACAUCCUUUCAUUUUGGAAAGGCAAUGAAUUUCGCUAUCCUGAAGUAGCUGCCAUGGCUCGUGAUAUUUUGAGUAUUCCUAUUUCUACUAUUGCUUCAGAAUCCAUUUUUAGUAUUGGUGGACAUGUGAUUGAUCAGUAUAGGAGUUCACUCAAGCCUGAUAUUAUUGAGGUGGAUAACGAAGAAGUGGAUGUUUUGACAUUGGAUAGUAUCAGUUCCUGUGACAUUCGAAGUUCAUUUGGAAAAUGA